AUGGCCCGGAGAUUAUUAUGGACCUGGAGACAUAUCGUGGCAUUGAGUUUAUCUGUGUGCGUGUCACGGGUUUUUACGACUUCAGUGGCUCAAAGCACUGGAGCAGCGCACCAGGUCGCUUUUGACCAACUACUCCACUAUGGCCAACUCGAGCUCGAUUUGCACACCGACGACGAGGGGCAAGAGGACGGAUCCAAUGUGAAGGGCGAAAACUCCUUCUUGCCAUGGUCCUAUGAACCUAUCUGCACGGAACACCUUGCACGGAUUCAAAGCAAGUUAUGCGUCUAUACUGACGCCAGUUUCAGCAACGGCAGGGGUAUUUCCAUCUUCACCACCCCUCAGCACGCUGAAACGGUGGCUUCACUCCUCGACUCCGACGCUGAGGAUUACCGGCCCAUGAUCAACAUCCCCACCCAAGCCUGGUACACCGAGACGACUCCUAGCAAAGGUAUUGGAAUGUUCGCUAGCCAUGACCUGAACCCAGGGGAUCUGAUCACAUCGUACACGCCCGUCCUGCUCGCGUACAAAGAAAACAUCCUCUCGAGGGCUGAGAGGGAGACGUUCCUCCGCCACGCUGUGAACCGCCUGCCGUCUGGGACGGCAGCCGGAUACCGCGCCCUCGCGACAAUGUUCCACGAUAAAGCGUUUCUCAUGCAAGAUGUCGCCUCGGCGAAUUCAUUCGAGAUGUCCGUGGGUGGCGCAGCGCAUCUUGCCGUGAUUCCCGAGCCUUCGCGUAUCAACCACGACUGUGCGCCAAAUGCCAUUUUUGUCAUCAACUCGACUGCUCUGGCGCAUACGGUCCGUGCGACGAGGCCGAUCGCGAAGGACGACGAGAUCACCAUUGCGUACACGAAUCCGCUGGAUGGCUUCGUGAAACGACGGAAGUACCUGUUGGACUCUUUCGGGUUCGAAUGUACGUGCUCGCGCUGCCGACGGGGCGAAUCCGGCGAUGCGGCGCUCGCGGAGAUCACGGCCCUGCAAAAGUCGCUCUCGCGCUGGUCGGAUCCGACUUCUACGGCCAGUACCAAACAGGCGGAACGGCUCAUCCAGACCCAUCGUGAACAAGGGCUGGACGGCUAUCUUGACCCGGCGUACUGCCUCGCAGCAUUGGUUUAUAAUUCCGUUGGCAGUGAAAGAGGAGCGAAGAAGUACACCAAGUUGUGCAUUGAGGCGAUCGAGUUGAGGCUCGGACCCGGAGCUGAGGACUUGCCCACAUGGAGAGAAAUGCUGGUGAAUGUGAAGGGGCAUUGGAGCUGGAUGAGGCGCAAACGAGGCUGA